GAGAGAGAGAGAGAGAGAGAGAGAGAGAGAGAGAGAGAGAGAGAAUGUGUGUGUGUGUGUUUUCGUGCCAUGGUUUUGUCCUCACGUGACACAAGUCGUCAGGUUUUUCAACUCGUCUUGAGAUCGGUUAGUAACGUUUUGGAAGUAUCCCAGGAACUGGUGCCAAUAUUGCUAUGGACUUUUUCCGGUAGUGUUCGGCUUGACACUGCUCAAAUGACGCAGUGCACUUGAUCAGAGAAGCGAACAAUGGAGACACUGAUGAUUUGUAAGCUCGGAGUGAAAACGAAAGGCUUUUACCCUUUCUAGGAUAACAAGUGGCUACUGUGGGACCUGCAGUAGCGUGUCGGCGUUUGUCUUCCUCAAAAUGGCGUGUAUGUCUCUAGUUCUGCUCCUUGCCCUCUCUGUGAUGAUGAGUUCAGAAGCAGUGGCCGCAGCCAAAAGGGAGUCUGGGAAAGGACAAAACGAUUUUGACAACGAACUCAAUAUAACGUCCAAAGAGAAACUAUUGGUUAAGAGACUACUGAAACGGUACGACAAGCAAGGCAAAGAAGGUCGCCCUGUUGUGAACACUUCAGACGCCGUGAGAGUGGAAUUUGGCCUUUCUCUCAUACAAAUUCUGGAUGUGGAUAUCAAGGAUCAGGUGUUAAAGACCAACAUCUGGUACGAAUAUAACUGGAAUGACAUGUUGCUUCGCUGGGACAAAGAACAGUACGACAACAUCAGUGACGUCAGAAUACCGUCGGACAAGAUAUGGCUACCAGACAUCUUACUCUACAACUUUGCGGAUGACCGCCUCAAGGAACAGCGUAACGCUCUGUCCGUUGUCAACAGCGAAGGCCAUGUGCUGUGGAUGCCUCAGGCUAUUCUGAGGAGCUCCUGCGCCUUCGACACCCUGUUCUUCCCCCUUGAUGAGCAGACGUGCAUACUCAAGUUCGGCUCCUGGACCUACAAUGGGCUCAAACUUGAUAUACACUUUAUACCUGAUCGAGACAAGUUUGAACUUGGAGAAUAUAUUGAAAACAACGAAUGGCACAUUGUUGAAAACUCAGGGGCUCGUCACGUAAAGAAAUACACGUGUUGCCCAGAGCCGUACCCAGAUCUCAAGUUCAAGUUACGACUGCGUCGCCGUGUGGCAUUCUACACGUUCAUCCUCAUCAUGCCCUGUGCUCUGCUCUCUUUACUUACCAUGGUCAUAUUCUGGGUUCCACCAGAAUCACCAGCCAAACUUACACUUGGUAUGAACAUUUUCGUGGCAUUUUUUGUGCUCCUACUUCUGUUAGCGGAUUCUACGCCAAAGGCUGCGUCGACGAUACCGCUUGUAGGCGCUUAUUUCUGCAUGAACAUGGUGAUGAUAACCAUGUCCGAGAUCCUGGCUUGUAUGGUGGCCAACAUGCACUUCCGGGGGGUGCGCAUCAACAGAGUGCCGAAGGUUUUACGCUUGUUCAUGAUAAAUUUCAUGGCGCGUGUGCUGUGCCUCCGAGACAAGAUCAUUGAGAAGGACAGCACCCCAGUAAUAAACUGUCCGCCCAAAAAGCGAUGGAAUGUCGGUCGUGUGGGAGGUGACAACACACGACCACAGUACCCCUACACAGAUAUCACAUGUGCUCAGGUCCGUCUCUUGAACAACGACGUGGAGAAGCGCCAAAUUUACCACGAGGGCGGGGAUGGAGGUGGUGGGGAUGGUCGUGGGGGACCCGAAAGCAGAGGAGGUGGAGACUGUGGAGGUAGCACUGGCUUUCAGUUCCCGCCCAUUGGAGACGAAUUUUUAUCUCACGUCCAGUCGAAUGCAAAGGUUUUGGAAGAGGUCAAGUCCAUACGAGAGAUCUUGGAAAGAGUGAAAGAAAAGAAAGCCCGUGCCGAAGAGAAAGACAAGCUGGCCCGAGAGUGGAGAAUAGUUGCCAUGGUUUUUGACAGGAUAAUCUUUGCAAUUUAUGUCGUAAUUAAUUUCACUGGACUUCUCGUCAUUUUUAUCUGGCAAAUUAAUAGAGAAGAGCAGAUGGUCAAGGGAUUUGAAAAUUCAACAUAGAGCAAAGACAUUGAUUUAACAAUAAUAUGCUGUUCUUUGUUUAUUCUAAAAGAAAAGACAUUGGAAAUAUAAGGUCUGGAUCAAGCAUGAACAGACUAUAUAAUAAUAUAUGGUUUGGAUGAAGUUUCUGUACCCCAUCAUAUUAUGCAAUUAGUUUGUCAGAAUCAAAGGAUCCUUCUCGAUGACAAAAAUUAACACGAAAGAAACUUGGUUUUUACGUCAUUGGUAGCAUGUCACCUGAGUAGGUGUUGUGGGUUUUUACUGCGCUUUUGUUUAAUGGAUACUCCAGCACAACAAAAUUAUAUAAAUCCCAAAAUCUACAAUCGUUCAGCAGCCGCCAGUCUGUAUUCAAAUAAUAAUUUUUAUUAUUAUAAUUAUAAUAAAUUACACUUUUUAUUUGUCCCGGAAGGGCAUUUUGGUUUACAAUGGCAAAUAUACAAUAACAUACAUAGAUGUUUAUACAUAAAAUGGUGUCUUAUUUUUACUGCAUUUCCACUCAUGUCUCCUGAGGCCAUGCAAAAUCGUAUAGACCACCAUACUGGAAAAUGUACUUUGAAGUGUCACAAACUAAUUAAUUACUGGAAAGGUAAUGUUGGGCUUACUUGAGAUAACAGCAUGAAUAAAUCGUUUCGACUAUUUCUAUAUUAUUUGUAGCGAUGUUUUUGCUCACUAUGAAAACAGUCCAGUAUUUUUUGUGGGUUGAAAUGUUACUAUUUUAUUACCAAAAGAUUGGUCACGUAUUACAUUACCACAUCGCACUGUCAACUGGAAAGUUAUAAGAAAAUGAUAAAGAAAGCUAUCUCCUCGUAAAACAUAGAAGAUUCUCUUCUUGUUGACAGUAUACACCUAUUUAACAACUUCAAGGGAAAGUUGUUGUAAGAGAACCUAUGCACUACUGGCUGCCCGAACGGUCAGGGCAACAGUUCUUAUUCAAUAGGCUUAGUAUUAUCUUGACAUGUCUUCAGACAAGUUUUGAGUGAACAUAUAAAGCUAUCCCAAACUAACUGCAAUGUGAACUAAAGGUUGGGUAAUUACGAAAAGAUAUCGGGACGUGAACAACGUGUUUUACACAAUUAUGUUACUUAAAUGUAACAAUAGCAUAUUUUAUGCUCAGUUUUACUAGUGUUGUGCUUAGCAGUAAAUUAUGGCGGCCUGCACUUAUGUGUACGAAUAUAUGUAUAUUCAAAUACUGCUUUUUCAGAUGGAAUAAACAAUUUGUAAAUACGUGUACACUGAGGAAGUAUUAACAAAUCGGCGUAAAUACUUCAGUAGAUAACUAAUUCUAACGUGAGGGUAGAUAGUAUAGCAUUGGGUAUAUUUCUUGCAUGUUUCUUGCAUCUUUGCUUUCUGAUUCCUUUGUUUGUUGUGUAGUUUACUCCCUUGAAUUUGAGAUAACGUUGUCUUCACAAAAUCUCUGAAAAGAGAUAAUUUUUAAGAGUAGUGGGUUCGUGUUUUUCUCUGUCGACGGGAAAAAGCUAGUACUAGUAUUCACUUUUUUUCUAUUCAAAAAUUGAAACCAAAAAAAUGCAUGGUCACCUAAAUUAUACCGAAACAUUUUGGACUAGGUGUUUGAUCUAGAUCUAGCUCUAGUGUUUUUCAAUACACCUACUUCGUGACCGCUGAGAAUCGUUAUGUCUAACUCUCCAGGGUAACAGUCAGAAUUGCUAUUAUCUGAGGGAAGAAAACAGUUUGGACAAUGUUGUUGUUGCUGUUGUUGUUGUUGUUGUUGUUGUUGUGAAAUUUGUAAUGAGUGCAUAGGCAUUUCAAUUAGGAAAUUUUGGUUUCCUCUAAUGUGGUUAGGGGAAAGAGUAUUGAGGUUAUAUAGGUCAGCUGGGUUGUUUUGCUUGAGUUUUUGUGACAGUCAUCCUUGACUGGGAUGCUUCUGAUUUGGUUUGGUUGUUUUGACACAGUUCGGAUAACUACUGUUUUAACGCUUAUUCUGAGUAUGCCGUUCUUUAAUGCUCUCUCUGCACAAUGUUUAUCUCUGUAUGAUACCUCUCUCUUGAGAAUCUUGGAAGGGUUUUAUAAUUUCGUUUUCCUUCAUUUGUUCGUUUGUGUCGACAUUUUAGAGUUCACGGUGUUUAUGAAUAUACUUGUCGUCUGACUGUUCAGGUGAACACAAUCAUGCGAAUAGCUACAAACAGCUAACGUCAAAAGGUUGUAUUUAGUUUCGUGUUGAGGAUAUACGGGAAAAGGAAAAGGGGAGGAGGGGUUUUGAUACUACAUUGUUUAAUGCGUUGAUUUUGAGGAAACCAGGACCAAAGUCUGUGGUGUAGGGGUUAGGCUUUAAGCCGUCACACGCAGAAGACCAGAGUUUGAUUCUCAUGUGGGGAGAAUUUUUAUCGAGUAUAUCCGGCCUUUUGCUUAUCCCUCUCAGCCUGGGCUGGCCCUGAUAGUCUGUGAUAGCUUGCCUCAAGAAUUUUCAAAAGUAUGGGGGCGUAAAACACCUGCCUGUAAAAAAAAAGAAACUGGGACAUGGAAAUUAGCAAAUCAAUCAUAAUUUAAUGUGUCCUCUCGGACAUGUAUGUACCAGUUUAGAAAUCAAGUUGGGAUUAAAGCCAGCAAUCAUUAAUUAUUUACUAGGUGCAUGUGCAUCUAAUUCCCAAAACUCGUUAUCUACUUCUCAAUCUAAUUAUUGAGAAGUCGGAGUGUGACUUACUGAAAAGUUUUCGUCUCGCUGCCCUUGAACAAUGAGAAGUAAAAUCUUAGCUGUAACUUUCACUUUCACAGAAACAAUAGUUUGAGUUCUGACACUACCAAGAAUAUUCUUGGUUUUGCUAUUUCUGUCUUUGUUCUUUUUAGUUGUGGUUGUGAAAGUCAUGAUGGUGUUUCUAUUCUUGUCUAUGAUUUUCUUGUAAUUGUUGUUUUCUCCUAGAUUACAAUGUAUACAUUAGAAAUGGGAAGAGGUAAGGCAUUAUUGCAUUAGUUGUUGACCUUUACGAACAUUAGAAAGUUCAAGACCCUUUGAACAGAACCCUUCUCAGCCUGGUAUCCUGUGGGGAUAUAAAGUGUCCUGCAUAGGAAAUAACUUUUCUAGUCAACAUCGAAGAUAUGAUGAUUUAAAAUUUGUAAAUAAUCGUUUAAAAAUCGGAUGCCCAAUAUUUUGUUUAGAUUCUGAACUUAGAAAUAUGUGUUGGGAAGAGAAAAAGAGUGACAACAGCCAUGUUAAAAGAACGACUAUGUGUGGGAGAAAUGCAUUUGCUAGAAGUAUCUUACUGUUGACUCACUCUGUCGAUUUCACUGAGUCUAUGCAUGGCUGUACAUAUAUGUUCUAUUUGCUUAUCUGUUUCUGUUUGCUUGUUUGUCUGUGUGAACACGAACAUAUUUGCAAUAAUCCUGUUAAAAAUAGAUUUUUUUAAUGUUACAUCGUA